AGUAACAUGUUUUUAGCAUCAUGUUGGACUUCCUUCUACAAAUUUGAAUAACACUGUUCAUUCUACUCACAAUCGUUGUCCUGUGUUUGUCUGGACGUCCAGUGUAUUUGUUUGGUGUAAAAUAGUUCAAAAAUGGCCGAUACAAAUGGUAGCAAAAAAGAUGUUGAAAAGGCAAUCGUAGAUAAACAAGGUAACUUACAUAAAAAGUUAUUGGAAAAAAACUUGAAGGAACAUUGGAAUAAGGAUAAGGUUACUAUCAAGGAAUCUAAAGUAGAGCCCGCAUCAGAGAAAGGAACUAACUUCACUUCAGACGCAUGGAGGGUCACCUUUACCUACACCCUUAAUGAUGAUGAAACUGAAGUCCCAUUCUCUGUCAUAGUCAAAAGUAGACCAUCUGCCAAAGAACUUGAGGAUUUGAUGAAUGCUGGAACAGCUUUCACCAAUGAAAUCUUUGCAUACGAGCAAGUUAUUCCAACAUUGGGCAAUAUCGUCGGAAGUCCUCUUCGCGUACCUGAAUUCUACGGUGGUGACGAGAACAGCAUCGUUUUGGAAGAUAUGGGUAGGAAAUCUUUCAAAAACAUCAACAAGAAGCUUGCAGUAGAAUGGAACCAGUUAUGGUCAAGCAUCACGGAAAUGGCCAAACUUCACGCGGCAUCCAUAGUCAUGAAUAAACUGGCUCCAGAAAAGUUCAAUAAUCUAGUCAAGUCCAUUAAAAAAAAUACAGACGAAGAGACUACGCCAUUGGGAGAGAAGCAAUCGAAUGCUCUCUUUACAAUCCUGAAGGUGUUGGAAGAAGCCAAGACUCCUGAAGCCACCAAGCAUAUGGAGUUGUUGGAACAAAUGAGAAGUAGCGCGUGGCAACGUCAGAAGGAAAUCAUCGAGGAAGACGUUCCGAUCAGAGUCAUCAACCACGGCAGUGUCUGGAUCAAUAACCUGAUGUACAGGAAAGAUAUGGUAACACUGCUGGACUGGCAGCAUAUCGUCUACAGUUCCCCUGCUCACGAUCUCAGCUUCUUCCUAUACGUGAACAUCGACAGCGAUUUCUUGACCAACAAGAAGCAAAAGCUCAUCGACUUCUACCUUGUCAAUCUCCACCAGUUCAUUUACGAUGCCACCGUCAACAAAUUGACAGUUAUGGAGAUCAAUGAACUGUUAGAACCACUGACUUAUGAAUGGAUAAACGAGGAGUUGAAGAGGUUCAGCAUUUAUGGUUUUAUGAUGGCCCAAUGGAUAGCCCCAGCCUUCUAUUGGAGUGAAGCAGUUUUCCAAACACUUAACGAUCUAGGAGGUCUUGAAAGCAUGAAAUCCGAAGAAAGGAUGAAGCACAUUACCUCUGAUCAAAAAGAUAGAAUGAUUAAACUCACCCAGUUAUACUUCAGAGAAUCUAAGUAAACAGCUAUUGAACUAUUUUUAUAUGUGUUCGUUGUGAGGUUUUUUUUUUCUGAUUUGAAACAUUCCACAAAAUAUUAUACGAAUAUUUUUAUAUUAAAAAUUAUUAUAGUACUAUC